AUGGAGACGAAGGUGAAAUUUAAAUUUCAAAAUAAUAUAUUUAAAGCAUUAGUGUUAAUCAGCAUCCUCUAUUUGAGUGCGGGACAAUCCCAAAAAGUAAAAGACCUUCUGCAAUCUGGCCAUGAUAUUCUUGAAGGAUUUGAAGUAGAAAUACCAAAAUAUCUACCCAAUCAUCAGGAUCUGGAAUACAUUUCAAAGCAAACACUUCCUGGUCUACCCGAACAGACAUUAUUUGAAAUAAUUAAUCAGGCAUGUUCUAUCUACUUGGAUUCGGGUAAAAUAGACCCUCGCAUAACUCCAAAGGCUGAGAAUAUAAAUUUCCAGUUAAGAGCCCCUUGUAAAAAUAUAAGCAUACCCAUUCUGGAGGCUGAUAAAAUAGUCGAUCUUCCGGAGUUUGACGUUAAUGGACAAGUUGUCAUUUACAUAAGCGGCUGGAGGACUACAAUAAAUGGAACCACUGAAACUCAAGAUAUGGCCAAUGCAUUCAAUUGUAGAGGUGGCUACAAUUUUCUGUAUGUUGACCCUUCGAAUUAUGUACAAACUAUUUAUACAUGGUCUGCUUUUAAUACAGAAGCUGUGGGCGCUUUUGUAGCCGAGGGAAUUGUGAAAUUGGUCAAAAAAAUUCCUUUGAAAAAUAUUUACUUGAUAGGUCACAGUCUGGGAGCUCAAAUGGUGGGAAAGGCUGGUCGCCAGUUCACAAAUCUGACUGGACAAUAUAUUCCACGUAUAACUGGAUUGGAUCCUGCCAAUCCAUGUUUCAAUGAGGGUGAAGUGUUAUCCGGUAUUCUCCGUGGCGAUGCAGAUUUUGUCGAUAUAAUACAUACGAAUCCUGGAGUGCUCGGAAAAAAGGAACCCAGAGGUAAUGUUGACUUUUACGUCGAAGGCUAUGGCCCAAUCAAACCACGCUGCACGAAAUUUGGUUGUUCCCAUAAACGUGCUGUUAAAUAUUAUACUGAGAGUGUCUACCCGGGACAUGAAAGUGAUUUCCUUGCAAAACGUUGUAAUUCAUUAAUCAGCCUGAACACUGGUCGUUGCGAUGGACCCGAAUAUCCGAUGGGUUUUGCUACACCAUCGAACUUGAACGGAAAAUUUUUCUUAAAUGUAAACGGCGUGCCGCCUUAUGGUAAAAAUGCCACGACAGGAAUAGAAUCUAAUGCCUGUGGUCUUUGCACAAAAUAAUGCAUCAAGGGAGUUGGUGCCCAGUACUGCAUUUCUGUAACUUCUAACGAACAUCCUUUAGUUAAAUUUGUCGACAAAAAAAUCGUUUGCACUGUUUUUUCUCUUUGGCAACUCUACCCAAGAAAAAAAAAAACGAAAAGCACAAAAAGGAAUCGGCAAAAAUAAUUAAUAAUUCAUAGUCUGUAAUUUUAAAAACAUCAAAAAUCUAAAUAAAAUGUACACAAUUAAUAAAAGAAAA